CAAGCCAACCCUGUAGGCUCUGAGCAUGCUGGUGCUGCGGGAAGGAGACAGCGCGGCUGCAAACUCGGCGAAGUCGGGAGUGAAGUGGCCUAGCGCGCGCCCGGGACACAGGGCUGCCCGUGACUUUGGCUGCAGGUCUCAGCAACUGUGCGGCGGCUCCCAGAAAAGUUGAGUCCUGGCGACCGCGACGCCUGCGGAGGCCACAGGUCCCUUUAAGGAGCCCUGCGGGGUAGAGAGCAGCGCCCAGGGGGAGGGCCCCCUGCGCCACGUGACCCGCCGCCCGGUGCGCUCCCGAGUUUGACAGAAGUUUGAAUCGGACUCCUGGGCUUUCUGCAGCCGGCGGGCAGCUCGGCAGCCGCGGCCUCCACCCAAACCCGUAGUAGCGCCCCAGCCCGCCAGCCUGGAUCCCGGGCCGCCGACGGCCGCCCCAGCUCCCGCAGCGCUCGCCUCCGCGGGCCCGCAGCCCCCAGCGCCGCCGCUGUCCCCGCAGCCCCCGCGCUGCGCCCCCGCCCCGCCGCGCCAGCAUGUCCUCCACAGAGAGCUCGAGCCGCACCGCGGACAAGUCGCCGCGCCAGCAGGUGGACCGCCUGCUCGUGGGGCUGCGCUGGCGGCGGCUGGAGGAGCCCCUGGGCUUCAUCAAAGUUCUCCAGUGGCUCUUUGCUAUUUUCGCCUUCGGGUCCUGCGGCUCCUACAGCGGGGAGACAGGAGCAAUGGUUCGCUGCAACAACGAGGCCAAGGAUGUGAGCUCCAUCAUUGCUUCAUUCGGCUAUCCCUUCAGGUUGAACCGGGUCCAGUAUGAGAUGCCCCUUUGUGAUGACAGCUCCACUUCCAAGACCAUGCAUCUCAUGGGGGACUUCUCUGCCCCUGCUGAGUUCUUUGUGACCCUGGGCAUUUUCUCUUUCUUUUACACUAUGGCUGCACUGGUCCUCUACCUGCGCUUCCACCAGCUCUACACGGAGAACAAACGCUUCCCACUGGUGGACUUCUGUGUGACUGUCUCCUUUACCUUCUUCUGGCUGGUCGCUGCCGCUGCCUGGGGCAAGGGUCUGUCCGAUGUCAAGGGGGCCACACGGCCAUCUAGCCUGAUAGCAGCCAUGACUGUGUGCCAUGGAGAGGAAGCAGUGUGCAGUGCCGGGGCCACACCUUCCAUGGGUCUGGCCAACAUCUCUGUGGAUCAGGCUCUACAAGUAGCCAAGUCAUACCUGGAGUACAUGUGGAGGACAGAAUUUGAUCUUUCAUCAGGGAACUCCUUAGCAGCUCUUUGGCUUUAUCAACUUCUUCCUGUGGGCCGGGAACUGUUGGUUUGUGUUCAAGGAGACCCCAUGGCAUGGGCAGGGCCAGGACCAAGACCAGGGCCCCAGCCAGGAGAGUACAGUGGAGCAGGGAGCUGUGGAGAAGCAGUAAGCCACCCUACCUGGCUCCUCCUGAACAGGACAGCACCUCUUCGACCACCUCCUCUGGCAUCCAGGACCUUCUUCCUCUCCUUCCUCCAACUCCCUUCCUCCAUCCUUCGGGGCUCUGAGCUUUGGGACAUGGACUGGUGGGCAGGCAUCAGCUGCCAGAAGCCUGGGUGGCUCUCCCCAUGGCUUUCUCUCCCUGCUCUUGCUGGAGCAGCAGAUGCUGGAGCUCAUGUGCUUCUUGUCUACUGCUGAACCCAGGCAUCCUACUUGGGGUCUUAUUUGUGCCCUCACAGCCUCAGAGAAUGAGCUGCUGCAGGAAAUGAAGGGUGGUGACAGGAGGCCAGAGUCCAUCUGGUUCCUACCUACCUACCCAGAUUCAAUAAAAGUGGGGGAGGGGACACUGGCUGACACUUCUCCCUGGCUCCUUGCAUGAAAGGCCCACUUGUGGCUUAGUGGCCCCUCCUCAGUAGAUGUCACCUAGGCCCUGUGUCUGCCCUGCUCUCCUGUCAGCCCCGGUUUAAACCGAUUCCCACACUCCCUUUUGUUUGCCCAUACACAGUGCCCAUCACCAGUCCAACUAGCCUAGACCAGAGUCCUGUCAAGGAUUCUGAAGAGGCUUAGAUUCAGUGAAGGUAAAACAGCAGAUGAAUUGCAACUGAAUUGCAAAUUCAAGAUUCUGGAGCCAGGCAACCUGCUAGGGGAUCAGUUUCUUCUGCUCCUUCACCUCUCCCAGACACCCAGCCUGGAACACUACUCACCAAUCCUCUAAACUCACAGUUGCCCUAGAAAUCCCUUCUUCUCUGUCAUCCUCCUGGGAUUUGAGCUCACUUGGGUCACAAAGUGAGGGGGUGAGCAGCAUCUUCAUUUCAGAUGUCUAUCUCCCUUUCUUAGCCUUUUGGGUCUGAGGCAUUUAAGAUCCUUUUUGAAGUCUGCUUAAGCCUUCUUGUCAUUCCCUUGAUGGGGCCAGGUUGAGACUUCAAAAUGCCUAAAGGACCAUCAUAAGGUUGAGUUGCCCUGAGCUAUUCCCCUUACCCAUCUUUCACACUUCCCCACUUCACCUUUUUGAAAAGAUACCUUUUCCCUCUUCCCUUCCAGCCCUCCCUGAGCUCCUUACUUCUCCCAGGCUCCAUCCCCUUCUCAGUCCAGGGCAGGCUAAUGUUAUUGGUGCUUCUUCACUUUGGGACCCAGUUCCAUAAUUUCCUUGGUGUAUCUCCUCUUUCUGAAAUCUCCUUCAGUCCUUCUCUAAACCCCAUGGCCUAAGAGUCAGUGCUAGCAAGGUAAAAGUCAGCAGUCUCCUGCUCAACUCAAAAUACUUCAGCUUGCCCUGGUCACAGGACUGCCUGGGAAAGGAUGAAGCAGGAAGAAUCCAGUCAUUUUCCAAAUCAGUGCCAAUUAACUCACUGAUCCCAAAGGUGAAUGUGCCCUGUGCCAAUCUCUCUGCAGUACUGAGUCAACCCCUUCACCCUCCUCACAUCCCUGAGUGUCAUCCACAGUAAUGUGUGCUUUGCUGGGGUGCCCAAGAGUUGAGGACUUUUGACUAUACAUCAAUCAUUUCUUCUUUGGGUCAGAAUUCCCCCCAUGUGGUAAGAUGAAUGUGAGAUAUAUUAUAUAUACUCCUAAUGCUGCAGAGUCCUUCAGCAAAAGAAUGAAUUUUUGUUUUUUAGAUUUUGUAGAAGGGAUUUGAGGAGUGAAGUAAGAUAGAGAUGACAGUGUUUCUAAGCCCGAACUUCACUCUGUCUUGAGCUGUCCUCAUGGCUACUUGAGGAUGAAGGGAACAGAUUCAUCUGUAGUUUUGGAAAGACAGAGAACAAAGAGGGUGGACUUCAUUUUUUCUUUAGGCUGGCCGCUCUGAUGGUCAGUGAGAAGCUUCGACUGGAACUUUCUUUGGAGUCCAUGUAUAUAUAAUAUUUACUUGAAAUAUGGUGGAUAAAGUGUUCUCACUUUAGGGUCAAAGUUAGCAUCUGACCCUUCAGCUAGGGAAGGAGAAUGGGAAGGGCUCCACACUUUUGCCAAGGACUCCUAGACUAGAACUCUUGUUAAACUAGAAAAAGAAGAGGCUCUCUCUUUGUUAGAAGCUGCCUUAUUCUCAGCAGGAACCUUAUUUAGGUUGUGGCCUCUCUCUGAGGCCACUCUUAGAGUAGAGGCCACUUGACCUCAUUACCUCCAGAGUACUGAGCUGGGCCAAGUGCCCAGGGCAGGGCUGUUCUUAUAGGACUGACUCAUGUCCCACAACCAGGGUUGGCAUCAGCACUUUGCCUGCUGAGGACUGAGGUAGGAGAAGGUAUCUGAUUUCUUCAGCAGCUGCAGGAGGCCAACAUGCAGGGUGUUUGCCCUCUACCCUAGUAAGCUCUGACCCUGCUAGGGUACCCACCUAUGGCCUUUCCAGAACACGAGUUCCUUCCACCAUUGUGGUCAUAGGUGUACUACUUUCACGAUAGCAGAUCAGGGGUGGGAAGAGAAUUUUGCAUGUUGUUUUUCUGGUGCUUGUUAUUACAUAUCUAAAUAAACAGUGCUUUGAGCAUUUGCCAUGAAGGAA